AUGGUUGAGUGGACUGAUAAGCAGCAAGAAAGUUUUAAGAGGUUUAAGAAGGUUCUGACUGAGGCCCCUGUCUUGAUUCAGCCAGAGCCUGGAAAAGAAUUUAUUAUAGAGAGUGGGAAAACUUCAGACUUUGGACUGAAUAGCGAAGGGGUACUUUGUUUCUGGGGGAGAGUCUGCAUACCGAAGGAUACUGACCUAAGGCAGUCUAUACUACAAGAGGCGCAUAGUAGUCCUUACGCUAUACAUCUUGGUGGGAAUAAGAUGUACCGAGACGUUCGGGAGGAGAGAGUAACUAUGGACUUCGUUAGUUGCCUGCCCUUAAUGCCUACAAAGAAGGAUUCAGUAUGGGUCGACGUAGAUCAAUUGGCUAAAUCUGCCCAUUUUAUACUUGUUCGUACUUAUUACUCGUUGCAGAAGCUGGCUAAACUGUAUGUGUCUGAGAUAGUGUUACUGCAUAGGGUACCAAUUUUCAUAAUAUCUGACAAAGAUCCUCAUUUCAUGUCUCGGUUCUAG